AUAAAAUUAUUUUAUCUUCUUCGUAAUAAACUGUGAGUCACUUUUAGUUUGCAGAUUUUUUGGAAUUAUUGACAGUCUUCAUAAAGACAAUACAACUAUAUAACAAGAACUGUCGACAAGAACUUUGCAGCUCGCAAGAUACUCGACUCAUUAAUAAGAAACAGCUGAGACGCGUCUGACAAUUGGAUCGCUUGACCCGCUUUUAUUGGCGGAUUACGCGGGAAGUUCGCCAGAGCACGGAUUCUACACACUUCAGUCGCGCGUUUGGUAUCGCGAAUUAGAUCGAUAAAAAAGUGUGUAGCAACAUAUCGAAACGCGCUCACGUACAUCCGCUUUUGUGCGUCCAAAGCAAAAGACAAUUGUUUUUGUUCCGAAAAAAGAAACAAAAAGACCGGAUUGCCACGGAAGUCAACCUUGAACAUUGCUAACUCAGAUUGCUAUUUUUAUUUUGAGAAGUGAAACUAACUCUACCUACACAUCAAACGCAGUCUCUUCAUCUCGCAGCGUUGGAUAUGCUCGAGACCGACCGGAACAAUAAAAUCUUUACAAUAACCGGUAACGGUAACGUUAAUGAAGCGGUCGAUUUUGAAAAAGCUGUUUCUACGACUGGUUAUGGAUUGUUCAACGUGCUAUUGCUAUUGGCGGCGUUACCGAUUGCGUGGACCGCCGUUUUCGAGACUACUACCGGUGCAUUUAUCUUGGCGUCGGCUGAGUGCGACCUUGAUCUUACGUUCUUCCGCAAAGGCCUGCUUGUCGCAUGUCCAUACUUAGCUAUGUCAACAACCGCCUUUAUAUGGGAUUACAUAACACCAUAUGUAGGCAUGAAAACGUUAUUUAUCUUAGCAAUGUUAAGUAACUCGAUUUUAACCAUCAUAAGCAGCGGUUUAGGAUCCUUCUACUUGUUUCUUCUAGUCAAAUUUCUCAUCGGAAUUUUCGUAGGCGGCCCGCUUGCGAUGGUGAUGACGUACCUGACGGAAUUCCAUUCGGCGGAGUACAAGCGCUUCUCCACAUGGGCGGGAUUUCUCUUCACCGUGGCAAACAUCGUGCCGGCAGCUCUGGCCAUAAUAAUUUUGCCACUGGACUUGCACAUCAAUAUCCUUGGUCGAGACUUCGUCGCAUGGCGUAUAUACCUGCUAAUCUGCUCGAUACCAUCCGUCGUCGGCCUCGUGACAGCGGCCAUGUUGCCGGAAAGCCCCAAGUAUCUCAUGGCAAUUGGCAGGUCAGAUGCCGCCUUGAAACUGUUCAAGAGAAUGUACUGUAUGAACACCAGACAAUCUUCUGAAACGUUUCCGAUAAAAGCGUUGCUCGUUCGGCAAAAGGCGCAAUUGGCGCGGCCCGUGCUCGAGGCGAGUCUCGAGAGGUUGCGCGUCUCGUUGUACAACACGAAGCUACUGCUGACUACGACGACUUACCUGUCCGCUUUCAGCUUCGUAAGUUUCCUCCAAUUUGGAAGUAUGCUCGGGUUUAACACAAUGAGAUUGUGGGUGCCGCAUCUUUUUAUCAUUCUGAACAAUUUUGAUUGGGAGCAUUGGACUCCGGAAAGCAGGCAACCCACUAUAUGCGAGAUGCUGGACCGUCACGCAGCUCUGCCGGGAAGACGAUACUUGAACUGUUCAAAUUUUGACGACAUUUGCUUCAAGUGGACCAUCAAUCCCGUGAUUUAUCAAAACUCCACCGUUAUCGCAUUGUCGGCGGUUCUUUUCUCCUUCUUGUCUGGAUUUAUAACAACUACGAUGCUUCGAAAGCAGAUCGUAAUGCUCACGGCUUUCCUGAUAUCGGUGGCAAGCAGUUUCGGGAUAAAUUGGGGACAGUCUCCGCCGUACAUGCUGACGCUGGCGUCGGCGGUUAUCGUGACGACAAGAAUAGCGGGUAAUAUCGUUACCGCAGUGAAUGUCGACGUUAUUCCCGUCCCAUUAAGGGCAACGAGCACCAGCAUUCUCGCGACCAUCGGAAAUAUCGGCGCUAUUGUGGGAAAUUUGAUUUUCUCCGCGCUUCUGAGCACCAAGUGUCUUGCCGCGUUUACAGGGUUCGGCUGUUUCUUCUCCGUUUGUUUCUUCGUAUGUCUGUUCUUCCCGCAACCCGUGAAGGAACCACCCAAGAAACCUGUUGAAGCUGGCACAUCAUCGAAAGUAUGAAGAGAAUGUAGUAAAAAAAUAAGAAAGAUAAAGAUUAUGAAUCAUUCACGUAAUCAAUUUAAAUAAUUACUCAAAGCUCUUGGACGGGCUGUGAUAUUUUUCUAAAAAAACAAUUCACCGAAGAAAAUUUAGCAAAAUUAAAUUGU